CUAGCCGGCCGAAACCAUCAACAAAGAGGUCAGGGCGUGAAGCAAGCCCGCACAGGCACAGCACAGACCUCUUCCCAUUCAUUCCGUCCCAGCCGACGCGCUCCCGCACGGCCGCCCGGCAUCCCUCCCCAAUCCCGCCCAUGUGGCCGUCGUGGGUGAAGACGCGCAGCUCCGACUCCGCCGCGGCGUCCACCUCCACCGCGCUAGUCGCCGCCGGCGCGUCCCCGCGCCUCUCCUUCCCCUCCCCGUCCCUCAAGGACCUCCGGACGCUGCUCGCGCCGGACCCCGCCGGGGCCCCGUCCGCCGCCUCCCCGUCGCCGCGCGUCUUCCACCGCAUCCGCGUCGCGGCCUCCGCGCUCCGGGUGCUCCGCACGCUCCAGCAGCCCUCGUGCCCGGCCGCGCCCGGCAGCGCCUGCGAUGGUGAGCUCCCCGGCCCCGCCCCCGGCGGCGCGGGCGGGCGGGUGGUGCUCUACUUCACCUCGCUCCGCGUGGUCCGCCGCACCUACGAGGACUGCCGCGCCGUGCGGGCCAUCCUGCGGGGGCUCCGCGCCGCCGUCGACGAGCGGGACCUCUCCAUGGACCCCCGCUUCCUCCCCGAGCUCGCGGCGCUCCUCCCGCAGCAGCAGCGCCGCCGCGUGACGCUGCCCCAGGUCUUCGUCGGCGGCCGCCACCUCGGCGGCGCCGAGGAGGUCCGGCGCCUGCACGAGUCCGGCGAGCUCCGCCGCAUCGUGGCGCCCUCCCCCGGCUUCCCAUCCGCCUGCGCCCGCUGCGGCGGCGAGCGGUACGUGCUGUGCGGCGCCUGCGACGGCAGCCACAAGCGGUACAGCCUCAAGGGCGGCGGCGGGUUCCGCGCCUGCGCCGACUGCAACGAGAACGGGCUCGUCCGGUGCCCCGGCUGCUGCGUCCCCGCCGCCUGAUCCCAGAUCCGGCCGAGAUCCGGCUGGGCCCCUGCUUCGGGUUCCCCCUCUAGUAACUCAAAACUCUCUAGAAGUGCUAGCACUACUACUCUGUACUCCACUUGCCAUCGAACUUGAUUAGGAGGAGAUCGAUCACAAGUUCUCGUCUAGUACUGUACUACUCAUUACUGCUAGCGAUUAGUGUUCUUCAGUCAGUGACACAUCAGGAACUGGGGCUCUGGAGCUACUAUUUACAUUUCCUCCAACCUUGAUUAGAACAUAGUAGUAGAACAGUCGAUUCAGUUUCGCUGUGCUCUUGUUUAAUCCAUCUUUGGAGCUCUGGUUCUU